GGGACGAAGAUGAGAAAAAGCAGGGUGUACCGCAUGGUCUUGGCCACUUGCUUGGGCUCCUUGCUCCUGGUCAUCUUCUACUUCCAGAGCAGCCUGAACCCGGCUGCAGAAGACAGGAUAUUGAGGAUCAGCUGGCAUGGGAAAUCUGGUCGAAGUCCACUUCAGACUCUUUACAAGGGUGACCAGCUUGAGCAGUCCUCCCUGCAGGCAAUUCAUCAACACAGGAGGGAGCUGCUAAACAGUAUGUGCCAUCGAUACACCCGCAAGCGAUGUCUCCUAACUCCAGAUGACUUACGGCACCUGGUGGUGGAUGAUGUCCAUGAGAUGCUCUACUGCUAUGUCCCCAAGGUGGCUUGCACUAAUUGGAAGAGGGUCCUGAUGGUCUUGACAGGGAAGGGCAAGUACCAGGACCCCCUGGAUAUCCCAGCACAUGAAGCUCAUGUACCAGCCAACCUCCGCACUCUCUCCGAGUAUAGCACUCCUGAGAUCAACUACCGCUUGCGCAACUACCUCAAGUUCAUCUUUGUAUGGGAGCCUCUGGAACGGUUGGUUUCAGCCUACCGGAACAAAUUCACCCGUAGCUACAACACGGCAUUCCAUAAGCGCUACGGGACCAAGAUAAUCCGGCGGCACCGUCAAGACCCUAGCAGCGAAGCCCUGGAAAGUGGCCACGAUGUGUGUUUUGAAGAGUUUGUGUACUAUCUGUUGGAUCCAGAGAUAAAUAAAAUGUGCAUGCAUUUAAUGUGUUCAAUUAUAAUCCCCACAAAUUUUUCCACAGUGAGGGAGACAAGGGAAAUAUGA